GAGGGUCUAGUUUUCUUUUUCAUCUGAACCAACAGACACCCAACGAUUUACCAUGAGCGACCUCAGCGCCAAGAUUGUCAAGCAAGUCGAGUUCUACUUUAGCGACAACAACCUGCCCCGCGACAAGUUCCUGCUGCCGCUUGUCAAGGAGACGACCGAUGGCUGGGUCCCGCUUGCCACCCUGACCACCUUCAACCGCCUGAAGCAGCUCACCACCGACAUCGAGGCCAUCGCAAAUGCAAUCCGCGAGGCCAACUCCACCGCCAUUGCUGUGAACGCCGAGGGCACGCACGUCCGCCGUCUGGCUCCCCUGCUGGACGAGCUCGACACCCUCAAGUCGAGCGUCUAUGUCAAGGGCUUCCCCACCGACUACACUCUGGAGCAGAUCGAGCAAGCUCUUGCUGGCAAGGGCAACAUCAAGGCCAUUCGCAUGCGCCGCGCUGCCGACAAGGCCUUCAAGGGCUCGGCGUUCAUCGAGUUUGGCACUGAAGACGAGGCCAAGGCUUUUGCCCAACAAGAGCUCAAGGUCAACGACACGACCCUUAUCGUCACCCUCAAAUCCGACUAUCUCGAGGCCAAGAUGAGCGAGCGUCGCGCAGGAAAGAAGGCUGCCGAUGAGCCUGCCCCCAUUGUUUUCGCCAAGAACUGCGUCGUUCGCUUUGAGGGCGUCGGUGGUGGUGCCACUCGCGAGGACUUGACUGCUCUCUGCUCCGAGUUUGGUCAAAUCGCCUAUGUCGACUUCUCCCGCGACCAGGCGGAUGGCUAUGUCCGAUUCUCUGAUGCCGAGGCUGCUGCUCGCGCUGUCGCCGCCAUUUCCGAGCGCAAGACCGAGGUCAAGGGCGCCGUUCCCUCCGUCCGCCUGCUCGAGGGCGACGAGGAGGAUUUGUACCUGACCAAGGCUCAAGAGAUGCUUUCCGAGCGCCUUCAAGGCCGAGCAAGCAAGUCUCACCGAGGCCGUGGCAACUCGCGCGGUGGUCGCGGUGGCCGUGGUGGCCGCGGCGGUCGCUCCAGCGGUCGUGGCAACAAGCGUGGCGCCGAAGACGAGCUCGAAGGCCCGUCCAAGGCCGCCCGCGUUGAAGACGAAUAAAACACAGCGCCUCCAUCUUCCCUCUGCCACACUUUCACAAAUCAGCCUAGUAGUGUAGUUUGUUGUUUUUUUUUUUUGCUUGUUCUUUUGGUUGUUCAUUUGGUUGUUCAUGCUUGUUUUGCUUUUCGAUCGUUGUCCAAACAAACCUUUGCUCCAAUCGAAAACAAAAACAAAAAUCGAAAACCC